AUGGGCUACGACGACGUCAUCACCCAUUUGGGUGAAUUUGGACCGUAUCAGAAGCGCAUCUACUAUUUAUUAUGCCUCCCAGCCAUCGUCUGUGCCUUCCACAAGUUGGCCGGAGUCUUCCUGCUGGCCAAGCCCGACUUUCGAUGUGUUCUGCCCUAUGAGAAUGCAAGUGCCACCUAUCAGUUGUCUAGUGACCUAUGGAACCUCUCGUAUCCCCAAGGCGACACGUGUGCCUACUACAAUGUGGAUUAUAGUGAGGAGUAUCUAAAUGGCAGUGUACCCAGGAUUACUAAUGAAACCAAGAGCUGUUCCCGCUAUGUUUACGACCAGAGCAAGUACCUCAAUAGUGCGGUGACCGAAUGGGACAUGGUCUGCAAUAGAAGUCUGCUAAGUGCCACCAGUGAUUCCCUCUUCAUGCUGGGCGUGCUCCUUGGGAGCUUUAUCUUUGGCCAGAUGUCGGAUAAACUGGGUCGCAAGCCCACCUUUUUUGCUUCGCUGGUUCUUCAGCUCAUCUUUGGCGUCCUGGCUGCUGUUUCUCCUGAAUACUUUAGCUACACUAUCUCCAGGAUGAUUGUGGGUGCUACGACCUCGGGAGUUUUCCUGGUGGCCUAUGUGAUUGCUUUGGAGAUGGUGGGUUCCUCCUAUCGCCUCUUUGCCGGCGUGGCCAUGCAGAUGUUUUUCUCUGUUGGAUUCAUGUUAACAGCUGGCUUUGCCUACUUCAUCCACGACUGGAGAUGGCUGCAGAUUGCGUUGACCCUCCCGGGACUCCUCUUCAUUUGCUACUAUUGGAUCAUUCCGGAGUCUGCCCGCUGGCUUUUGCUCAAGGGUCGCCAGGAGGAGGCCUUUGUGAUUAUCAAAAAGGCGGCCAAGGAGAACAGGGUUCAAAUACCCAGUGAAAUCUACGAGCAGCUGGUGGAUGAGGUAGCGGAAAAGAAGAAACAGGAUGAACUGACGGCUUCCCAACCAGCGGCUACUGUCUUUGAUCUCCUAAGAUAUCCCAAUCUCCGGCGGAAAACCCUCCUCAUCUUCUUCGAUUGGUUUGUAAACAGUGGAGUUUACUACGGGCUCUCCUGGAACACGAACAACCUGGGUGGCAAUCAGCUGGUUAACUUUAUGAUCUCUGGAGCCGUUGAGAUUCCCGGCUAUGUGCUGCUCCUGUUCACCCUCAAUCGCUGGGGUCGUCGCUCUAUUCUGUGUGGCACCAUGAUGAUAGCCGGGGUGAGUCUGCUGGCCACCAUCUUUGUGCCAAGUGAUAUGAAUUGGCUGAUCAUCGCCUGUGCCAUGAUUGGCAAGCUGGCCAUUACGUCUUCCUAUGGAACCAUCUACAUCUUCUCGGCGGAACAGUUCCCCACGGUGGUGAGAAAUGUGGGUUUGGGAGCCUCCUCCAUGGUGGCCCGAGUGGGUGGCAUACUGGCGCCCUAUCUCAAGUUGCUGGGCGAGAUCUGGCGACCACUUCCGCUGAUCAUCUGCGGAGCUCUCUCACUCACAGCCGGAUUGCUGUCCCUGCUCCUGCCCGAGACCCUCAACAAACCCAUGCCGGAGACCAUCGAGGAUGGGGAGAAGUUUGGCAAGAAGACGGCUCCUGAAGAAGCCGCCGAGGAGGGCGGAGGCCCCCAAGAGCUGGCCGGAAUGCUCAAUGGAAAGUCCAGCUAAUUGGAGUCCAAGCACUUUACUCAAUCUAAACUAAUGGCCUCAAUUGGCUCGCGCCCUCGCCAUUUCAACGAAUUUAAGCAUUUUGCGCCUUUUCAUUUCUCUCGAAGAUAUUUCAAUUCAUUCCAUUUUUCCAUUCUGCCCUCAACUCUAUUUGUUCACCUUUACAAGCAGUUUAUUAAAAGACAAGUAAAUAUACAUUUAAAUAUACUUUUCACUCUGUUCAACGAA